AACCUUGUCUAUGAUAAUAACCUUAAAAUUCACUUAAAAUUAAAUGAUUAAAAAAUGUCUUUGUACGAUGAUUAUGAUGUUAAAACUCAAUCCACAGAAAAAGUAUCAGGAUGGUCUUCUGGAAUUAAACUAUUGCAAUCGCAGCUUCAAUUAAAAAAAGCUACUGUUACACAGCCUAAACGUGAUCAACAGAGGAAAGCAAGUUUGGCUCCCGUAAUUGAUUUAAAGAGCAAACGAGAUGAGGAUGAGAUUUUUUCAAAUACAGUAACCAUAAGGGGUUCAUCGAGGGUAAAGAAUGAACAUUCUCUUCCCAUCAUUCCAUCACUGACAGGAUUUGGAUCUGAGUAUGAUUGGAACGUGGAUAAUGAGUAUGAUCCCCUUUGGCCAAAUGAAUAUGAAAAAGUAGUUAAAGAAUUGAGAGACCAGAGAGACCGUGAAAACGAGAAAGAAGAGAGAAGAAGAGAGAAAAAAAGAAAAAGUCGUUUUAGUGAUCCAGAAGAAGAUACUCCUACCCCAAUGCCUUCACAAGCAACACCACAGGUUUCCCUUCCACCUGUUGGAAGUGGUUUUGCAGGCAGAUGGGAAGAAGAUGAGGAGCCUGUAACAAAAUCAUCUCGUGUGGGAGGUGGAGUUGCAAUUGCUCCACCUCCCAGUUUACAAGAGCCUCCAGAAGCUCCUAUUGUCAUUAAACCUACUUUGGUAAACACUUAUGAUGGUAGUUCUGUUGCUGCCAAAAUUAUGGCUAAAUAUGGCUUUAAAGAAGGACAAGGGCUUGGUAAGCAAGAACAGGGAAUGUCUAUGGCCCUACAAGUUGAAAAAACAUCAAAAAGAGGGGGUAGAAUUAUUCAUGAAAAAGAAAUUAUGCCUCCACCUGUUACUGAUUUUGGGGCAAAGCAAGAAUUAAGUAUUACAGAAAUGAUGAAGUCUCCUAGUAAGGUAGUUGUAUUAAGAAACAUGGUAGGACCUGGAGAAGUGGAUGAUGAACUAGAGCCAGAAGUCAAGGAUGAAUGUAAUACAAAAUACGGCGAAGUGGGUAGUGUUAUUAUCCAUGAGUUCAUGGAUAAAGAGCCAGAGGAAGCUGUGAGAAUAUUUGUAGAAUUUAAGCGUAUUGAAAGUGCCAUAAAAGCAGUUGUGGACUUAAAUGGACGUUUUUUUGGUGGGAGGCAAGUAAGAGCAUGUUUUUACGACGCGGAUAAAUUUGACAAUUUACAACUAGAUAUUGAUUUAUAAUACAAUAGGAUUUAAUUAAAGUAGCUUUUUCUAUGUU